AUGAACUGUGUUGACCAAGGUAUUAACAAAACCAUGACAUGGUCACCAUGUGAAGAACUGACAACAGAAUUUACAAGGAAUCACUAUGGCAUUAUUAUCUUGAAUAGCCCUAUCAAUUUCAGUUUUCAUCAAGAAUUUGUAAUACGUAUGUGGAGGCAAGCUAAGGUACGAGUGACUGUAGAUGGAGGAACAGACAGGUGGCAGCAUUGGCUCACAAUGAAUGAACAUGAGUUCAAAGAUGUACCAAAUCCUGAUCUCAUCACAGGUGAUAUGGAUUCCUUGUCUAAAGAAGUAUUAAACCACUUCACAGAUUGUGGUACCAAAGUAGUUGUGACACCAGAUCAGAAUGAAACAGAUUAUGUAAAAGCUUUGGUAGAGCUCAACAAAUACUGUUGCUCAGAGAAUAUAGAACUUGAUACUGUAUAUGUGCUAGCUGACACAUGUGGUCGUUUUGACCAAAUCAUGGCAAACAUCAAUGCAUUAUUUCGGAGCAGAGAUAUUCUGAAAGGAAUAAGAAUAUAUCAGAUAGCAUCAACGUCAUUAACUUGGCUCUUAGAUGAGGGAUUCCAUUCGAUAAGUAUACCAGAAGGCCUUGUAAGCAAUCGUGAUUGGUGUGCACUUAUACCAAUUGGUGGCCCCUGUCAGGUAUCAACAACUGGGCUGAAAUGGGAUUUAGAUAAUACGAAAUUGGAAUUUGGGGAUCUCGUUAGCACUUCAAAUACAUAUGGUGGUCCUUCAGUUAUUACAGUGAAGACUAAUUCACCUGUCAUUUGGUCCAUGAGCAUUGACUCAUUAUUAUAG